AUGUGGAACCCGCAGGGAGACCGUAACUGGCCCCAGGGACAGUGUUUCUCCUACUCCCGUGAGGCGGCAAGUGGCAGGCCAGAAAAGCGGUUCAGUGACGGUAUCACAUUUGGUAAGAAGCGUCAGACAGAAGGAAUGGCGUCGCGGUCGUUCUCUUCUGCGUCUCUUUUUACCCCUGCGACACCCGUGGAGGAGGAGGCGGGCCAGGUGCAACAGAAACGACAGGCGAUAGCAAAGGAGGGGGAAGAGCCAGCGGGGGAGAAUAGAAACGUGAAGGGUCAGACGCAAACGAUGCCGGUGCAGCCGCAACACUGCGAAGGUGCCAGGCAGCAGUUGGAAGGAGUAGUAAGGCAAGCUGGCGUCACCGCACGUGAGUCGUCGCAGGAGAGGUCUGCACCGGUGGGGACAGCCGCCUUUUCCCCAACAGAGGAAGCGCCGCGGCAGGCGACGGGGGAGCGAAGAGGAGAAGGGGGAGCGGAGGACGCGAGGCGGGGCGAGCAACGAGAGGAGGCAAGGAAAAACAAUGAACCGCGGUGUUUUCCAUCAUCCAAACCAGCUGCGCCGCCACCGUUUAAAACGACGGUCAUACCGGCGGAAAGCGCGGACGGUGUAUCUAACACGCCCGCCGCAACCGUAAAGGGCGCCUCCCCGCUUUGCUCCGUCCCUGACUUGGGGGAGCCGAAACUCGUGCCUCUCUACGCCUUUGAGAUGGAGAAGCCACGAUUAACUUUUGGGGGCAGCUUCGGCUUCAGGUCCUGUAUUUUACGCAGACCCUUCUCGGCCGCAGUGCGAACUCGCGCUUCUGCACCAAAACCGCCGACAGUACCGACGCGUGCGACGAGUGCCAGUUAUAAAAAGUUGAUGCCGCCUGCGACGAGUUUGUCCUCUGAGGUUCCCGUGCCAGUUGUUUCCCAUAAGGUUGCUGUUGAGGCCAGACACUCCACUGAAAUCCAUACACGAACAGACGGUAGUGAUGUAGCUUCUGGUGGUGAUCGCCGUCGUUCAUUGCCGUAUUUGAGUGUCUAUCAUGUAUGGCAGGGGGGGGGCAACGGCCAAGGACAGAGCCCUGUUCAGUCACGCGCUUCCACCGUGCCGGAGGAGGCGACGAUGCAGAGUCCACUGUGUCAGCAGGGAGGUCCGCAGGAGGCCGCAACUUCAGCUUACAAAUCUUCACAGCCGUCUGCAGCGGGAGACCAUGGCACUCCCAGUACGCGAACGUCGGAGAGAGGUAACGGCGGCAUUCACCACGGCAGUCGCCACGCCACGGGGAGCGAGGAACAGUGUGUUACCCUUUCAUGGAAGCGUAAGGGACUGGUAUCCAAAGCGGCGUCCCUCCGGGGUUGCUUUGAUGGGGUGAAGAGCUACCAAGAGGCCCGUGAGCUACAUCAGCGAAUAGUGCAAGAACUCCUUGAGCGUGAGCAGGAAGAGGAAAAGGAAAACGAGGACAACGCCGACAAAGGGGAAGACAUGGCCGAGCAAAAGCUUCAGGAGUGUGUGGCGCAUGUGCUUGGGCGCCUUGAAGAGGCCUACUACGACUGGCUGGUCGAGCACCUUUGCAUCAAGAGGCGUCAUGGGCAGUGUGAGGACGUCGCCCUCACGACAACUGACAACGAUACGGGGGCGGAAAACGCAGGGAGGGAGGCUGAAGAGGGGCAGGCACAAAACCAAACAAGCAGCGCUGUAGCAGCAUGUUCGACCACGCCGGUGUCAGAGCCGCUGCUGGCGGUGGAGUUAACGGAAAAGCUUGAGACGGCACCGAAAUUUGGCAGCGUCGACACACCACCCACCGCCAUCGCGCAGAGUGACGAAAGCGGGUGUGGGGAACAAGCAGAGGAGGCAACAGUAUGCAGGGUCAACCCGGGUGAAGCAAACUGUGCUGGGAACGCCUCUAAGGACGACAGUCUCACCGCGCCUGUGGAAGCUGCGGAUGAUGCGGCGGUCCUGUCCACAACACCCGUCAUCGCGGCUGCUGACAGCGUUGCGUGUGAGCAGCUGCAUGACAUGCGGGAGGGCAAGGCGGCCUCUAAACAGGUGGAGGAAUUGGCGCCGCAAGUGCCGCACGGAGGCCCUCAAGCGGAACCUAUCAAGACGAAUGCCGACAACGUUGUCCCUGACACGAAGCCAACGUCAUCGCGCCGAGUAGGCCGCACACUCGUGUUUUUCCGCGAGCGGCACUAA